CCCUAUUUCUAACUUUGCCUUGAAAUGAAAGAACUUCGCUAUGGAAGAAAAACGGCAGGACGAAGCUAUUUAUCCCUUCACAGUAACUUGCGGAGUCUGUAGAUUUGAAGUUGAUGACCUCAGAGAUCUCCAUUCACAUCUUAUUUCCCAUGGAAAGGGAGAGAAUUUCCAGUAUUAUCACUUUACUAAAACUGCAUAUCCAUUUUGUGAACCAAUUUCAAAAGAAACUCAAACAUUCACUGAAGAAUGUCAAUUUCAAAUGUCACGAUCAGACCAGUUUUUGCCUAAAGUUGAAAUUGAAAAUGAGAACAAGAAUAAUCAUGGGUACAUGGAAAUCAAACAGGAAAUAGUUGAUGACUAUUUGGCAGAUACAGAUGUGGAAGACAUUGCCGAUGUUGUUGACCAAACUUUUGAACUUAAUAUGAAGUAUUUGGCAAACCUUGAAAACAGUGACACGAAACCAUCUCUGGUAAGUGUAAAUCUGAACAAAAAUAGAAAGAAAAGCAACGUUAAGAAACCUAAAACAGAACGUGCCAAGCCUUCAAAGAAAAAAGAUGGUCCAAAAGCUACUGGCGACUGUCAUGCUGGUAGAAAGGGAAAAAAGAUCAAGUCUCUGGAUGACAGCAACACUGAUGAGAAAAUGAUGAACUCAAGCAUGGUACUAUACCAAACAGAUCCAAUGUCUUAUGAGGAAAUUGCUAUAAGCUGUCCUUAUUGUCCGGAGCAAUAUACUUACAUAAACUCAGCCUUUGCCCACAUUGAAAGUCGCCAUUCCGGUAAAUAUCCAUUGGUUUGCACAAAAUGCUUCACUCCAGCCUUUUCUGAAGAUGCCCUUGCUUUACAUGUAGCUGGGUGUAACUACCCACGCCCAAGAACACAUGUGUGUCCAUUUUGUGACGAUGUUAGGUGCUUUGUUGUGAAAAGUCGUUUGCAGGACCACCUUGAAUCCAAUCAUAAUGGAAAAGCCUCAUAUACUUGUGAAGUUUGUUCUGAAAAAUUAAUUUCUGAAUUUGACAAAUAUACCCACAUGACAACACACAAUCGUCAAUUAUUGAAAUGUCCAAGUUGCCCAAACAAAACCACCGUCUAUGUAUCUUGGGUUCACAUUGACAUUCAUUUCUUGAAUAAACAUUCCUUGCAACCCUGGGUAUGCCCAUUAUGCCUCCACCAGUUCACAGAGGGUCACGUGUCGAGUUUGCUUCAGCAUCUUGAAGCCCACUACCAGACCAGUGGAUACAUGUGUGACUAUUGUGGAGCCAAGUUCUUCCAUCAGAAAACCAUUCGGAAGCAUCGGAUACUUUGUAAAGCUCGGUCUGGAGGACAGCCCUAUGUAGAUCCAAGAGCUAAGAAGACUUAUUUGUGUGAAAAAUGCUCAGCAGCAUUUUCAUAUGGAAAAAGCUUAAGAGCUCAUAUGAGCAGAGAGCAUGGCAUAGGAAAGAACUAUCCUUGUAAAGUGUGUGGAAAGAUGUUUUAUAAACUUCAGCAGUUGGUUAAGCAUGAGCGUACACAUGCUAAUCACAGACCACAUGUAUGUCAAACAUGCGGAAAGGCAUUUUCAACUACAUGGAAUCUUAAAACUCACCUUAGAUCUCACACUGGUGAAAAGCCAUACUCAUGUGUGAAAUGUGGAAUGGGAUUUGCUCACAAUUUCAUACGAAAAACUCACGAAGAAAAGUGCACCCUGUACCCAACUGCAAGCCUACCAGUUCCAUAUUUUGCAAAUGAUGGGAUCAACGAAAUAGAAAAAUACAUGAGUUAAGAUUUCUGACUUGCUGACAUGCUUUAAAAGUAGUUAGGCCUAACAAAAAAAGUGCACACUUAAAUCUGAUUUUGAUAUAUGAAAAAUUGUUUAUAGAUAUUAUCAUAAUGAAAAUUUUUAUCAAGCUCUUAAAGAGAUCAAUAUUUAUAUUCAAUCUAUAAAAACAAAAAAGUGAGCUCCGCUAAAUCCUGUUAUAGGGGACUAACAAUGUUUUGUGGAAAUGGGGUCUUGUCACAUAAUAAUUGUCAGCAUCAUGUAUUACUGAAUUUGGUGAUGACAUGUGAUAUGAAAAAAGUAUAUAAAUGUAUACUAUAAAGACAUCUUGCUUAAUUGAAUAAUUACUAAUACAGACCAUGAAGUGUUUAUAUUGACCUAAAUCUGUGCAUGUUUUGUUUGUUAUUUUAAAUAUUUUUAUCUCAGUUUACAUGAUAUAUUCUUGUAUAGAGAUGUAUGUUAGCGUUUUUGUAUAAAUUCUUGUAGAAUUGACAUAUCAGACAAAACAUUUUUGCAUUUCAAUUUGUGUUAUAUUAUAAUUUUAUUGUCACAGUAUAGCACAUGUUCAUUCCUUGUACAUGUUAAUGUGUUGUUAUAUUCUUAAAAGUUUCAUUUUAUCAUCAAACCAAAAAAAAUGAUUUACUUGAAUGAUUAUAUUUGAUUUUAAGCUGACUUUUGUUAAGUGUUUACUGUCUAUAUGCUAUCUGGCUUCUAUUGUACGCUCUUUGUUCAGUGACCUUUGUCAAAUGUGAUAGUUUUUAGUUGAUACUAAUUUAUUUUAGCUUGAUUGUAAUGACCACUUAAAUCUUUUAUGAAUCAUUCUUGAUUCCGUUUCCUUGGUAGGAACCAGUACUAGUGUUCUUUUUGAGAGCUGAGGCUAUUUGAAGGUACCCGGUACCCCUGGCGGGUGUUGAAGUUGAACCCACAACCUAUAGGUGAGAGGUGCCCAGCUUUACUAGUUGACCACUCUAUCUUGAUAGUGAGUAUGUCAACAAAUAAAAUUCAAUGAAAUGAAGGUUACCCUUAAGGACCUUCCACAGUGCAAAAGUUUGUUGAAGGACCAAGACAGUAUGUUUCAAAAUUUCAUGUCUUUUUUAGUGUUCAGGUUCAAUAUUACGUAUGCAUAAUACAAAUAUCAUUUACAACAUGCGUAGAUGUAAUUAGAAGUUGAGCAGAUUUUCCAAAGAAGUUUUGAACAGAUUUUUGCCCUGAUUAAAAUGCUGCUCAACUCCUUUCUACAAUAAAAAGUAUUUUUAACUCUUGAAAACGAGUGUUCCUCAAAACAAAAUAAAAUCUAGAUUUUUAAAACAUUUUAAUUUUUGGCCUUCUCCGCCCUUUUUUGCAUUGUCAAAGGCCCUUUAUCAGGCAUAAGGGAUUGUAUUUAUUGUAUUGGAAAAUUAUGUUACAGUGUAAUAAACUCCUAUAUAGCUUAUAUGCUUGUUAAACACCAGGUUUGAUUCCCCUUUGUGGAACAAGGUAGUCAGUGGCUUUUAUAUUGAGUACUCGGGCAUUGCUAACUCUGGGGCUUAUCAGAUGUCGAUGGUCUCUAUCACUGUGUUGGCUCCUUGCAAGUUGCAAUACUGUGUUUCAUUGUACACAUGAUUAUUUUAGGGCAGAUGAGAAGAAAGGAAUUAAAGAGGGUCAUUUGUUACAUUUGCUUCCCAGUCUUGUAACAUUCCAAAAAGACAUAUGAUUUUUAGGCUUUUA